AUGUCGCUCGACUCACCAGCCCCAGCAACCCAGAAGCAGAGGACGCGUACCAACGUCCGGCAAUCAAAGUACGGGUGCUUUACCUGCCGGGCCCGUCGAGUAAAGUGUGAUGAGUUCAAGCCGCACUGUUUACGCUGCCAGCGCGGCAAACGCACCUGUGAAGGCUACCCUGAGGGAGCGCCUCGUGCCCAAGAACAGGCGCAGACGGCCAUAGCACUUUCUCCCGAACCAGAAAGCCCCGACUGCGUCAGUCUCAGCAGGCCAACGCAGCUGGGAGCGAACCCGGAACUUGACCGGCUGCGUCUACUGGCCUGUGCCGUGUUCUCACAAGGACGGCCUGGUGCAAGGACCGAAGCAGAAACUGCGUUUUGGACCCAUCUCGUGCCUCAGCUCGCACUGUCCAUUCCAAGUGUCAGAGAGGCCGCCGCCGCAUUUGCAGCAUCUUACGAGCAACAGGUGCUGAAGAGAUAUUGUGGUGCUGCCAGGUUCAAGGCCCUGAAACAAAUCAUGGCGGCGAUAGCCAAAAUUCGACAGGAUGUCCUUCGCCUCCCCCACGGCCCUCUGCCAGUACUUGUGGCGUGUAUCCUGCUGGCCUGUGCGGAAACGAUCCAGCACCGACACACCGAUGCUCUGCUUCAUCUGCGAGGUGCAUUCUCGGUCAUGAAUUCCCGCGAAUGGCUUGCAGCAAGAUCCGCGAACAGCAAAGCUCUGCUUGAAGAUGACCUGUCGUGUCUUUUUGGAAAAUUGGACUUGCAGGUCAUUACUUAUGCGCUGGCAAAUCCUCCAGAGCUCCAAUUUCCUGUUGCACCGGGUAUCGACGCGGACGUAACCACGUUCACUCCCCAACAGGCAGACCGUGAGCUCUUCCGGACGUUGCACUCCUGCUACAGUUUCGCCACAAAGGCCUCUGAAUACAAAUAUCUCCCUCGCGCAGACUCUCGGGAGUUGCUGGUGCUAGAGCAGAGCCGUCAUAUCGCCGAACUGAACAGAUGGCUUUCACGCUACCGACAAUACUCAAAGAUGUGCCAUGACAUUUCACCGCUCAACGAUCUGCAUGGACUCGUGCUUCAGGCGCAUUGUCUCAGUGCGCUCAUCUAUGUCUCGAAUAUCCUCGAUCCAUUUGAAACAGGGUACGACAGGUACGCGCCACAGUUCCAACAGAUCGUCGAGUGUGUCGAACAGGCCAUGAGUGCCAAAGCUAUCGAGGCCGACAUGCCCACCUUCAACGCUGAAAUGGGAAUCAUCCAGCCACUCUUCUUCACAGCCGUAAAGUAUCGUGACUCUGCGUGGCGAUCAAAAGCGAUAUCCCUGCUGCAGAAAUGCGGGAGAGAAGGGCCAUGGUCUGGGUCCGUCGAGGGAGCCGCUGCUGACUGUGUGGCUCGGGCGGAAGAGACGGCAGCAUCUCAAACAGCAAACGCAGCCUCGUGCGUGGUGUCGUCGGCGUCCCGACCCGUGUUCCUCCCUCAGGACAUUCCCGAACGGGCACGAGUAGCUGGGCAUUCUCUGUUCGAGAUAAUCGGGGAGGACCCCUCGGGCACAACGUGGGCUGUUAUUGAGAUGUCCAGAUGCCGCGAUAUGCAUGCGAUGCUGCUUGAUGGGUCGCCCCAGCCCGACGCCAGGUCGCCCCAACCCGAUGCCAAGAAACACUGGUUGUACUGGAGGGAGACAUGCCCGAUUCGGCUAUUGGGAGAAUGA